AUGCAUGUCCAAUGGGAGAAGGGUCGUUCAGAUUGUGUUGUGUCCAGUGUUGUGUCCAGUGUUGUGUCCAGUGUUGUGUCCAGUGUUGUGUCCAGUGUUGUGUCCAGUGUUGUGUCCAGUGUUGUGUCCAGUGUUGUGUCCAGUGUUGUGUCCAGUGUUGUGCCCAGUGUUGUGUACAGUGUUGUGUGCAGUGCAGUGCUGUGGAAACACUCGUGA